AUGGAUGACGACGACCCUUAUGACACAUCCGCCUUCAACAUUGAUUAUUCAGAUCAGGAUGAUGAACCCAACUAUACACCAUCCGUUAAGCCUAAAUCGAGUGCAGCUCCCAAAUCCUAUGUGACAAAAGCGGUUCCUGCAAAAGUGGCUCCUGCCAAACACAUGAAUCAGCACGAUACGGAUGGUGUGACAACUGACGAUGAUAUCGAAAACGACUUUGAGUACAGUACGAAUGCAAGACCUAGUGCUCCUGUUGUCUCCAAAUUUCCCGGCUCACAAAGCAUGUCUGUUGAUGAAUACGGGUUUGUCAUUAAGCCCAACCAACCCAAUUCGAAUUCUCGCAGUCGCAGAUCCAAUUUAUCGCCCAAAUCCAUGAAGGAAUAUAGAGAGAACGAAUUAAAAUGGCUAUCGAUUGUCAACAAAUUAGAUGCAGGCACAGUCAAGAAAGAUGCCAAAAUGAAAAAGCUGGUACGUAGUGGUAUUCCUGCCUCCGUGCGAUCGCGUGUAUGGCAAUUCCUGGCUGGUUCGGACGAUUACCGUAAACCAAAUCAGUUUAGAAUACUCGUGGGUAAACCUGUCACCAAAAUCUAUGAGGUCAUCGAACGAGAUAUCGCGCGUUGUUAUCCAGAUCAUACCCAGUUUAUGGAUAAAAACGGUCAGGGACAACAGGAUCUUAGCUGCGUUUUAAAAGCUUAUUCGCAGUAUAAUUCGCAUCUAGAAUACUGCCAAGGUAUGGGCCGAUUGGCUGGUCUUAUGUUGAUGCAUAUGACGGUAGAGGAUACAUUCUGGUUAAUGGUCGCUACCAUUGAUAGAUACAUGAAUGGAUACUUUACACCCACACUCUCUCAACUACGUAUCGACGCUUACAUCAUUGGCGAAUUAUUAAAAGAUCAUAACCCCAAGCUGGCGCAACAUUUAGAGACGCAAGAUGUCUUGCCCAUCAUGUAUAUUGCGCAAUGGUUUUUGACCGCCUUUACAAUGACGUUGCCAUGGGACUCUGUAUUACGUGUAUGGGAUGCGUUUUAUUUCGAGGGCAUCAAAGUGUUUUACAGAGUCAGUCUUGCCAUUAUGGAAAUCUGCAAAGACUAUUUACUUACGUCGUGUCCUACCAACUCGGAGCUCUUGGCGUUUCUUUUACAUAUACCUCACGAAUACCUUCAACCCAACACGCUUCUUGAGACCGCGUUCCGUAUCAAUCUUUCCAAAACCGACAUUAAACGGUAUGCCAAACGUGCCGGCACCGAGGAUGCCACGUCGGGACUUCCUUUUGAACAUGGCAUUAAAAAUUUGCAGGUCGGUAAUAAUAACAGUACUUUUUAUGGUCAUGGAUUAGGCUUCAAAGGGUUAGGUGGCAAAAUAUCAAAAAAGAGUUCAAAUGUCAACUUUAGAGAGGAUGCAUAUCAAUAA